AUGGCACCGGCGGGUUGGAACAACUUCCAUGUGGGAAGAGAGUGUGGCCAUGUAAAAUGGUCCCGGAACAUUGCGCCCAAAUUGACUGUCUCCUCCGGCCAGACCGUCUCGUUUGAUGCCAUCGACAGCAGCAACGGCCAGCUCAACACCGCUUCGGAUGCCUCGGCCAUCAAGACGCUGGAUCUCAGCAUCGCCAAUCCAGUCUUCGGCCCGAUCUACGUGCAAGACGCACAGCCCGGUGACGUUCUCAAGGUCGAGGUCCUAGACCUUGAGGUCGCGGACUGGGGGUGGUCUGCCCUCAUCCCGGGCUUCGGCCUGCUGGCGGAGGACUUUACCGAGCCCGAGAUCAAAAUCUGGUCACUCGACCGCGAGAAGGGCUACGCUCAGUUCAAGGACAUGCGUAUCCCGCUCCGGCCCUUCCUGGGCUGCAUGGGCCUGGCUCCGGCCAACGACGAUGAACUAUCCACCGUGCCGCCCACCCACGCCGGAGGCAACAUGGACUGCCGCGAGCUCAGCGUCGGCUCGACUGUCUACCUACCCGUUCAAACCGCCGGCGCCCUCUUCAGCUGUGGUGAUGGUCACGCCGCCCAGGGCCACGGCGAAGUCUGUGGCACCGCCAUCGAAACCCCCAUCAAAGCAACCCUCCGCUUCGAGCUCGUCAAGAACCAGCCCUGGAUCACCGCACCCCAGUACCAGACCCCGCCGCGAGCUCAAAUACCCAACCCUCUCCCCGACCUCGGAACCUACGGUGCCCUCGGUGUCGGGCCGGACUUGUUCGAGGCUGCGAAGAGUGCUACUCGUAACCUCAUCCAAUGGCUCGUCCACACCAAAGGUCUCUCCAAGAGCGAGGCGUACAUUCUGGCUAGUGUCGCCGGUGAUUUGCAAAUCGUUGAGAUUGUCAACGUGCCCAACUUUGAGGUGUCCAUGAACAUCCCUUUGGGUAUUUUCAGCUAA